AUGUCCUUGAGACUCUAUUCUUUACAACAGAAAGAUUUCUCUGUUAAGGAGUACGUAAUUGAGUUCGAGCAGCUUAUGUUGAAAUUUGAGCUUGAGGAGUCUGAGGAGAACAAUGUAGCUCAAUAUCUGGGGGACCUGCUUGCAAGAAAAAAUAAAGAAUGCAGAGAUUUCUUCAGUCGUCUAAAUCAAUCAUUACGAGUUUGGGGAAGCAGACUCCCUGUUGACGCCAGAGCAACUUAUUCGAGAAUGGCAGAGGAGCUUAGCGAUCUGCUGCAGUCCAUUCCAGGGGAAGGCUCAACCCCAUCAGUUCAAAUGAGCUGUUUUGAGACCAUGCUGGACUCUCCAAUCCCGCAGGAUCUUCGUGGCGCCCAUCUUCAGGAAGCUCUCUCUGUUUUUACAUAUUUACUUGCUCAUGCUGCAUCUUAAUCGUCGUAGAAGAAGCAGAUUCUUGUGUUCCCUUGCUGUAAUAUUAGAAUGAAAUGUAGAACUCCAGUUCUGUGCUUUUUGUUUUGUGUUGCCUGCAUGCUUAUGGUUCAUGUAGAAAUAAUUUUGGAACUUUUGAAAUUGUUCCAUUGGUGAAUAUAGGAGUUUUUUUUUAUUAU